CUGGUUCUGCACUGUGAUUCUUCCGCAAGCCUGCCCUUCUCAGCUCUGCUGGAGAGAUACUGUGAAGAAUGGUCCUCCCAUCACAAUUUGACAGAACGGGACCACCAUGAACGAGACGAUCGUCCUCCAGUACUUCAUCGAGGAGCUGGAUGCGAACUGCAGUCUCCUCGAUUUGUUGCAGGAUGGAUUUGAUGGUCCCUACUGCAACGCCACCACCGAUCAGAUCGGGACCUGCUGGCCCAAGACCAGCGCCGGGGAGCUGGUGGAGAGACCUUGCCCCGAGUUCCUCAACGGAGUCAAGUACAACACCACGAGAAAUGUUUACCGAGAAUGCAUGGGGAACGGGACUUGGGCCUCCAAGGCUAACUACUCCCAGUGCGAGCCGAUUCUGGUUGAAGAGACGAAGCCUGCUCUCUAUUACCAGGUUGCCAUGAUCAUAAACUAUUUGGGGCACUGCAUUUCUGUAGGGGCGCUCAUCAUCGCCUUCUUGCUCUUCCUGUGCUUGAGGAGCAUCCGAUGCCUUCGGAAUAUUAUCCACUGGAAUCUGAUCACCACGUUCAUCCUGAGGAAUGUGAUGUGGUUCUUGCUGCAGAUGAUUGAUCACGACAUCCACGAAAACAACGAGCUGUGGUGCCGUUGCAUCACAGCCAUCUUCAACUACUUUGUGGUGACCAAUUUCUUUUGGAUGUUUGUGGAAGGCUGCUACCUGCACACGGCCAUCGUCAUGACCUACUCGACAGACAAGCUGAGGAAGUGGGUUUUCCUCUUCAUCGGAUGGUGUAUUCCUUGCCCAAUUAUUAUCGCCUGGGCUGUCUGCAAGCUGCAUUACGAAAACGAGCAGUGCUGGUUUGGAAAGGAAUCGGGGAAGUAUAUAGACUACAUCUACCAAGGACCAGUGAUUCUUGUCUUGCUGAUAAAUUUUGUUUUCCUGUUUAACAUAGUUAGGAUUCUAAUGACAAAGCUGAGAGCGUCGACGACUUCAGAAACAAUACAGUACAGGAAGGCCGUCAAAGCAACAUUAGUUCUCCUGCCUCUUCUUGGUAUUACCUACAUGCUGUUCUUCGUCAACCCCGGGGAAGACGAUAUCUCCCAGAUAUUUUUCAUCUACUUCAAUUCCUUCUUGCAGUCUUUUCAGGGCUUUUUUGUGUCUGUAUUUUACUGCUUCUUAAAUGGAGAGGUACGUUCUGCAGCCCGGAAAAGAUGGCACCGCUGGCAAGACCACCACUCCCUACGAGUCCGCGUGGCUCGGGCCAUGUCCAUCCCAACCUCUCCGACAAGGAUUAGUUUUCACAGUAUAAAGCAGACGGCAGCCGUGUGACAAGCCCCAGCCAACCACCAGCUGACUAUGAAGUUUUGUUCUCUUUCCUCCUCCUCCUUCCCACACCAGAAAAAUACUCUUUCUCCCUGUAUUCUUUUUUCUUUUCCUUUUUAACCCCGUGGUUGUCACAAUUCCUCCUCGUCCAUGUGGUAGAGUAAUAAAAUUAUAUAUUUGGUAGGGACCCUGAGGGUCAUC